AUGUUCCUCACUCCUGCCAUCUCGCUACCAACGGGCCCCGAUGACAGGGUACCCAGAUUGGUACCUGGGCUAGUGCUAUCAAGACGGCCUGUGAGACAAGAGUCGGCUCAUGCAGUUCAGGAGCAGCACAAAACACAUAUGAAAAGGGUCCUACCAACGAGCAUUAUCAUAGGCACAACCAAGGCAAGGGCUCGUUGCAACGUCCCGGUAUGGUACGCCAGAUUUUCUUCGCUAGGUCCCCACCCCGGCACGACUCCACCGGGGGGGCUCUGUCCUGGACGGUUGGUUGAGGGAUGA